GUUCAAAGUUCAAUUUAAGCAUUCAAACCAUUUAAAGAUUGGAGCCAAGUAGACAGCCUAAGAAGUUAAGUUAGAAGCUUGGCCAUCUACCUACUAAUUGAUUGCUGUACUUACCAGCUUACCUACCAGCUACAUAAUAAAUCGUCUAAUCAAAUGUUCAAGAAGUAGACACCUGAUAUCGAUCCCAAGCCCUUCCUCUUUUUUUUUGUAUGUAGUAUGUACGAAGUACCCUAGCUGCAUCGCAUACUUGCACAUGAACACCAGCAGUGAGCAUUCAACAGUUCAUCACAUCGCACUUGUUUCCAUUCAUCCGUUCGUUUACUCAUCGCAUUUUCAACCAUCAGAACCAUCUUUAUCUCCAUCAAGUAUUGAUUCCUCUCCAGUCUCUACCUAUUAUUUAUUAGGUAACUAGAGUUAAACCCCGCAACUUUGGUACACAAAACCUCGACCUCCACAACGCGCCCGACAGACCCGAUCGCGUCAUCAACAUUUUCCACACCUUCCACACAUACUAUCCAGCUUAGAUACCUACCGAGGUACACAAGCACCGCAUUCAGUUGGCACCAUGAAGGUUCCGACAAUACACGUGGCUGAUGCCACUCUGCUCCUGUCCCUGCUGCUAGCUCCUCUACCGACUGAAGCCAUGCUCAACUGCAAGGCCAUCGUCGCCGACAAACAGCGCUUUGAUCUAUCCAAGCUAGGCGGUCCACACUCAGUAGUUACGAGCCACAUAUCAGAUGGAAUCUCCUACAACACUACAUACACAGUUGACAUAUGCCGCCCUCUUAAGAAGAAGGGCGAUGUCAACAAAAAGGAGCAGUGUCCUAACGGUUCUCGAGUGUGCGCCAUCGAACGACGAAAUGAUGCUUUCGACAAAGCCAUCCCACUCGCGGGUGAAUUGCAGAACUAUGGUGGCGGGCCCCUAGACUCCGAGGCCACUCGCCUCAGCACAUCGGACUCGAACUCGGACUCGGAUAAAGAGGGCGUGCUCCUUGUCCUCAAGGGUGGGUUUUUCAAAUUCGAUAGUGGCUACAAACGGGAGCAGCGGACCAUCAUAGAGUUCCUGUGCGACCAAAACCGCAACGGGACGGAGGGCGAGUUCGAUCCUGCAGACGACAAAUACGAGGAUGACAAUGAUACGGCUAUCCUUGGUAUGAGCCCGCUUGACUACCGAGCUGAAGGUGACGAGGGUGAUGGUGGGGAUGACAAUGGGGGCGAGGAAGAGCCACCAAAAGAUGUCCAGCUGGGUAUCGAGAAUGACCCUAGCUUGAUAUUCAAGAGCUACGCACCUCUGGAUGAGAACUCGAAUGUCGAUGUCCUGCGUUUGACUUGGAAAUCCAAGUACGCUUGCGAGAAGCGAGAGGAUGAUGGGGAGGGCGAAGAGCCUCAGCCAAGUGCGCAUUGGGGAUUCUUUACAUGGAUGGUGAUCCUCAUCUUCCUCGGAACGGCAUCCUACCUCAUCUUCGGCUCGUGGCUCAACUACAACAGAUACGGAGCCCGCGGAUGGGAUCUGCUCCCUCACGGCGACACCAUCCGCGACAUCCCCUACCUCCUCAAGGACUGGACUCGGAGGGUGCUGAACACGAUGCAAGGGACCGGCAGUCGCGGAGGCUAUAGCGCGGUCUAGGGGGAAGGCGAAAUUACCCUUACCGAUGGUCGGCUCCGUUAAGGGGGAACGUCUAUUAUAACCUAGGGUAUUAUAAGAAAGGUGUCCGGAUAGUCUAUUAAUCCUGUUCCUGUUCCUGUUCCUGUUCCUGCUCCUGUAAGACCAAGUCACACACACAUACAUACAUUUUUUGCUUGC